GCGACUCCAUCGACGGCCCUCCACUUCAUCAGUUAUAUUAAUUCUGAUCGGCCCGCCCGCUCGCCUCCUUUUCUCCUUCUCUCUCUCUCUUCCUCACCCUCUCUUUUCUUCCCCUCAUUCACUCGCUGUUUCAGCUCUUCCGGUUCUUCAACCGAGUACAUUCUUUGCCCCGACUCAGUCAGUCAGUCCCUCAGUCAAGUCACUCUUUAGACCGCAAAUCCAGAAAAGAGACCUCUCAAAACACUCCCUUCCGUCAGUCGUUCGACGUCAUCCCAACAAUCCAAUCAAAUAAACAAACAAACAAUCACAUCCAACAAAUCACAAUGCGUGUCUCUUCCGCUGCUGUCGUUGCCUCCCUGGCUGCCGGUGCCAUUGCUACCGAGUAUAAGACCGUCGUCGUCACCGAAUACACCACCUUCUGCCCCAAGGCUACUAGUACUCUGGCUGCUGGCAACGGUAGCGGUGUCAGUGCCGAGACCAGCCCUGCUGCUGCUCAGCCUACCACUGUCACCAUCUCCGGUACCCAGUACACCUACUCCACUCCUCUGGUCACCUCUACUGUGACCCACUGUGACAAGUGCAGCUCCGCUACCGCCGUCCCUACCGCCUCUGGCUCCUCCCCCAGCGGUGCCGCUGCCGUCGGUACCGGUCCCUCUCCCAGUGAGGCUGCUGGCUCCGGCUCCGGCUCUGCUUCCCCCAGUGAAGGUACUGGCUCCGGUUCUGGUGCUUCUCCCAGCUCCGGCUCUAGCUCCGGCUCUGGCUCCGGUGCUUCCCCCAGCUCCGGUGCUUCUGGCUCUGGCUCUGGCUCCGGUGCCUCUCCUAGCGAGGGCGCUGGCGCUGGUUCUAGCUCGGGUGCUUCUCCCAGCGGUGCCGCUGCUAUCGGUACCGGCCCCUCCCCCAGCGAGGCUGCCGGCUCUGGCUCCGGUGCUUCCCCUAGUGGCACCGCUGCUGUCGGCACUGGUGCCUCUCCCAGCGAGGCUGCCAGCUCUGGUUCCGGCUCGGGUGCUUCCCCCAGUGGAGCCGCUGCUGUCGGCACUGGCGCCUCCCCCAGCGAAGGUGCCUCUGGUUCCGGCUCUGGCUCGGGUGCUUCCCCCAGCGGCGCUGCCGCUGGCUCCGGAGCUGGUGCCGCCGGUUCGUCCAACCCCAGCGGAGCUGCUGCCAUUGGCUUCGGUGCCACCACCACCCCGAUCGUUUCUUUCGCCACCCCCGCCCCCAGUGGCUUCCACUCUUCUCGCCCUCUGAUCUCCAGCAAGCCCGUCUCCUCUAAGCCGGUUGCUUCCUCCAGCGCCGUCCCCUCCAGCUCUGCCGUCAGCUCUUCCAGCUCCUCCAGCACCGGCUCCAGCUCCUCCAGCACCAGCACCGGUUCCUCCGGCACCUCCCCCGAGGGUGUUUCCGCUGCCGGCACUGGUUCCGCCACCACCCCCUCCGCCCCUGUCUACACUGGCGCUGCUUCCCGCGCCGCAGUCGGUGCCGGAGCCGGACUGGCCUCUGUCUUCGCUCUCGUCGCUUUCCUCCUGUAAAUGAGUUAAUGGACUCGAGUCGGAUAUCAUGGGAUUCCUAGAUCAAGCGAUGGCCUUCUAGAGACGUCCAAGUUUCCUACUUCUAGGGCUUUGUAUCCCGUGUGAGAUUCCUCCACACUGGUGAUGGCGGUGGUGGUGAUAAGAUGAUUGAGAAUCGGAUUGGUGAUUUCCUUUGUUUGUGUCGAUAUUAAUCUUUUUACGACUGACAAAUAACUUACUUUUUGACCGUGUGUGCCUUAUACCUUCCUGGAGCUUCUGACGUCUAUGUUUGUUUGUUUCCUUUACGUUUCGUUAUCUAUAUUCGUCUACGGCUUUGCAUUUGCUUGGCUUCCGGUUGAUGGCUUCUCUUUCCCUGUUUAUAACUUUAAUGUUUGAGUCACGUCUAGGGAGCAAUCCCAGAUUCUUAUUCCUACCUACCUA